UUGGAUAUUUCCACCUUGCUCUCUCAAGAAAACACCCUCAAAUUUAUUUUCCUUCCCUUGUCUUUCCUGAAAACCAAACAAUCACGUCCACUGCUUCCCUUAAUUAUCUCCAAUUUCUUCUCUGACUCCGAUCCGCUUCUCUUUCCAUUUCAAAAAAAAAAAAUAUUUUUUUUCUCCAAAAAUUAAGCUACCAUGGGAGAAGAAGUGAAAAUGAGUGAAUACGAAAUCAACGAUGGUGAAGAUAACAUCAACGGAGACGAUGAAAGAGUUGCAGUGUGGGAGAUAGGAUUACCUACACCUGAUGAUCUAACUCCCUUAUCACAAACGUUGAUUCCACCUGAACUUGCUUCGGCCUUCAGUAUCUCCCCUGAGCCUCAGCGUACUCCACUCGAUGUCAACCGCGCUUCUCAGACCACUCUCUCCAAUCUCCGCGGUCAAUUAAACGCCUUAUCGUCUAUUAACUUCAAGUCGUUCAACGAAACGACAGGUCAAACGCACGACCCUGUUGUAGUUGAUUUAGAUAAUAAAACCGGAGCGGUGGAUCGGGACGGGUCUGGAUCCGAAGCGAGGAAGUUGAGGAGGGUUGAUUCGGAAGAGGAAGAUUCAGCUUUGAGGACCGAGAAUUCGGUGGAAGACCCGUCUUCUGCGGCGGCGAGGACUUUGAAACGGCCACGGCUCGUGUGGACCCCUCAGUUGCAUAAGAGGUUUGUUGACGUGGUCGGCCACUUAGGGAUUAAAAACGCGGUUCCGAAAACGAUUAUGCAGUUGAUGAAUGUUGAAGGUUUGACUCGCGAGAAUGUAGCCAGUCAUUUGCAGAAGUACCGGCUUUAUUUGAAGAGGAUGCAGGGGCUGUCGAGUGAAGGACCUUCUGCUUCUGAUCAGUUGUUUGCGUCCACUCCUUUGCCGCAGAGUUUUCCCGAGAGUAGCGGCGGCGGCGGAAAUGGGAAUUUUGGAAUCCCAAUUCCGAUGCCUUAUCAUCACCCUGCCACGGCGGGUGGGAUGAUGCCAAUGCCAGUAUAUGGACAUAUGGGGAUGCAAAUGGGGAAUAACAACGGUCAUCAUAAUAGUAGUGAUAACCACCAGCAUCACCAAGUUAGUAUUAAUGGUCAUCAAAACGGGUAUAAUGGAAAUGUUGCUCAUGGUCAUAUGUUUCAGCAGAGGGAUUGGAAUGGGAAUCAUUAUGGUUCAUACACGCAUCAUCCUCAUCAAGUUGCACCUAAUGACAACAUGUGAUGUUGGGAGGAGAUAUUUAUUUUUUGGCACGCUAUAGAGAAAGAGAAAAAAGAGGUUAGUGCAUCCAUCCUCUCCAGUGUCUUCCACUAUCAUGCCUGCAGAUAUACUUCCUUAAGAUGAUAAUAACAAAACAUUAUGCUUACAGUUCGUGCAUCCACAAACCCCUUGGCUGAUAAUACUUGUUAUAACUGGGGGAGUGACAGUCGAAUAUUGAUGGUCCGUAUGCAUGUUAGCAUCACUGUUAACAAAAAAUAAAAAAAUAAAAAUUCAAGCUUUUUCAUGACUACUUAAUACUUCCAUUGUCAUGACCCUUAAUCUGAAAGAGCUUAUUUCGAAGAUGAGGGAAAAAAAAAACUUGCUAGUUGAAAUAUAUGUUAAUUUGCACCCUUGUACUGAAGUAGGCCCGUCUAUAGAUGCUGGGAGGUGCAUUUUGCUGCAUCCGUCGCCGUCCUACCUUCGUCUCAAAACUUUUAGGUCUGCCAAUCAGCCUAUGUAUUUUGAAUGAUGUUUUUUAUACAUUUGGGUUUACAAUUCAUUUUCCCCUCUCUUUUGUCCUUUCGAUUCUAUUUUGCAUAAUGUUGUUAUGUGAUGGUUUAUGUGCAGAUCGAUUUAGUAUGGUUAGAAUUUUGCUUUUCUUUUUCUAUGACACAAGUCAAUCAGGUACCAAAAAAGAAAAGAAAAAAGCUUUUUCCAGCAAAAAAUAAGGUAUUUAUAUUUCAUGAUUUGAUGCAGUACUUAUGCUGGAGUGAUCGUUAAUCAUUUUCUUUUAUUUUUCUUGUAUUGAGAAUGAAUUAUAUAGCCGACUAGCCGUAUCUUGCCAAGUAGUGCGAUCUCUUUGAGCUGAUUUUGAUGCCCUUUGAUUCAGACUUGCACUAACUUUGAACUUGCAGGUUUGUAGCCUACCUUUGUUUCAAUAAGGUCCCCAUUACAGAUUCUGGAGAUUGAGCAACCUGAUGUAACUCUUGUGAGUUGCUGAUACUUCCGCUUUUCACAGACAUUAGAGGGUUCGCAGGAAGAAAUGCGUGGAGGCAUAUCCAAGACAUUAGAGGGUUCGCAGGAAAACUUUGCAAUCCUUCUUUGAAUAUAUCUCUAACUGUGGUUACCUGAUGGCAGCCGGAAUCUCACAUAUUACUUAUUGCCACUUCCACAUUGAUAAGUCAUAGCUUACAUUCUUAACUAGUUCUUCAAUUGAUAAAUGCUAUUUUUUUUUUUGUAUUAUUGGAUAUGUUGAACUUUCUUUUAGGGUAACAUAGCAAAUCUUUAAAGGAACGCUACGCAAAGUCAGCCUGUCAGCUUUACCUUUUUACCUCUCUGUUUUUACCUCUAAUUCUUAUUCAUUUCUAGUUGUCUUGAAAGUUUGCUGAUUAUCGAACUUAGUAGCUGCGUGUACUUGUAUUAACGCUGAAAAAUUGAACUUUUAUUGGAAGCCUUUUUAAAUUUUGGUGGAAA